GACGCGACGGCACAUUUUUUCAAGGUAACUUUUUUAUCGUGCUGCACAAGGAGGCGUGAGCGGCGGGACUGGAGCUGACGGCCACGGUUGACACAAAAUGCUUCUACAAAAUAUUUCUAGAAAAAUAUUUGUCUCCGGAGUCCGGGGACAAAACUGUCGACUGUUCUCUGCGUCCAGGCGCGCCUCGAGCGCUAGAAAAGGUUUGGUCCUUGGUGUAUAUGAGAAGGAGAAAGAUGACGACGGCAUCCUUUUCACUGAUCUAGCAGCGUCGUUUGACAGAUCCGUCUCAGGCAAACUUAGUGAUUUGCUGUCAAUAUCCGGACCGCCCCUGAAAAGUGGAAAGAGCAGAAUAUUCUACGGCUUACAUCAGGACAUCUCUAGUGUAGCAGUAGUGGGUCUUGGUAAGAAAGGAGUCGGCGUGUGUGGGAAGGAGAACUGGGAUAACUGCAAAGAAAAUAUCCGAGCAGCUGUGUCAGCGGGCUGCAGGCAGCUUCAGGACCUGGAGAUACCUGAAGUGGAGGUUGACCCCUGUGGUGACGGUCAGUCAGCAGCAGAGGGCGCUGUGCUCAGCUUGUUUGAGUAUGACGAGCUCAAGAGCAAGAAGAAGUUCCGUGUCACGCCACAGCUACACGGCAGUGCAGAUACAGCAGCGUGGGAGAAGGGCAUUCUGUAUGCAGAAGGGCAGAACCUGGCCAGAAGAUUGAUGGAGGCCCCAGCCAAUCACAUUACACCAACAGUUUUUGCUGAAACCAUAGAGCAGAAGCUAUCACCCUUCUCAGACAGAGUGAUCAUUCAUAAAAGACCCCAGUCAUGGAUAGAGAGCGAGCAGAUGGGGGCCUUUCUCAGUGUGUCCAAAGGCUCAGAGGAGCCCCCUGUCUUUCUGGAACUUCAUUACACUGGAAGCCCAGACUCCAGCCAAGCUCCUCUAGUGCUGGUCGGCAAAGGAAUCACUUUCGACAGUGGUGGAAUUUCGCUGAAACCCUCAUCUGGAAUGGAUGCCAUGAGGGCGGAUAUGGGUGGAGCUGCUACUGUGUGUUCUGCUAUUGUCACAGCAGCUGCUCUGAAACUGCCAAUCAACAUUAUAGGCUUGACACCCCUCUGUGAGAACAUGCCUAGCGGGAAAGCUAACAAACCUGGAGAUGUGGUGUGUGCCAAGAACGGCAAAACCAUUCAGGUUGAUAACACUGAUGCCGAGGGCCGUCUUAUUUUGGCUGACGCUUUGUGCUAUGCUCAUAGCUUCAAUCCUAGGGCUGUAGUCAAUGCUGCUACACUUACAGGUGCUAUGGAUGUAGCCUUGGGUUCUGCUGCUGCGGGUGUUUUCACUAACUCUGACUGGCUUUGGGAACAGCUCCAUAAGGCAAGUGUCAUCACGGGUGACAGAGUGUGGAGGAUGCCGCUUUUUCAGCACUACACCAAACAAGUCACAGAAAGUGCUCUGGCAGACCUGAACAACAUCGGCAAAUAUAGCCGCUCAGGUGGAGCCUGUACAGCUGCGGCAUUCCUGCGAGAGUUUGUGACAGCCAACCAUUGGGCUCAUCUAGAUAUUGCUGGCGUGAUGACCAAUAAGGACGAGGUUCCGUACCUGCGGAAGGGAAUGUCUGGGAGACCCACCCGGACACUCGUUGAGUUUGCGGCUAUCUUGGCCACUGAGCCUUAAGGUGACCCAUGCAUGACUUUGAUCACUCAAGAGCACAGAAGAAGGUUUUCCAGCUGAUCUAGUUCAGCACUUGACGACGACCUGACAGUGUGAACCAGGUCUCACAAUAAAAUGCUGCUGUCAUUCGAUUUUUGUAACACCAAAAAAAAUAUUAAAAAUUCCUUACAAAAUUAAAGCCAAACUGUGAAAUAAGAAUGUAACUUUUGUUACUUGGUACUAUAGCACUUCAUAUCAGCUCCUAUGUAAAUUCCU